CAGUGCUACUACUGGUGAUGUUCUUGAAAAUCAAUCUGUGCACUAAUGUGUGCCAUACAGUCAGUGGAAAAGUCCAAAUAACUGGCACCAAAUAAAAUUGAAGUGAGCCUACAUUCCAGUCAUUCCCCACAUGUAUUUGGUUAUCUCCCCUAGCAAAUAGUUGGACUCCCAUUCAAGUUUCCUUGUCACUGUGGAGAAAUAGUAACCAGCUGAAACCUGAGUAAUACUCAAUGACAUUGUCAGGGGUCUAACAGGGAAAAUAGAGAAAUACUUUUCUUCACUCCUACAUUUAUGCACUUCUAAUUUUUUUGGCACUACUUUUGCCUUGUCCAUGAAAUAUUAACCACAGUAUACCCAACCUCAAUUCAAUUUUUAAAAAUAAUUUUGUUAUUGUCAUCUUGUAAAUAAUAAGAGUCAUCCAAAGUUCUUGUCUUCCCAGAUAUGGGACUUCAGUCUUCAAAUCCAGCUCUCCUUUUGAAAUUCUUGUCUAACAAUACACUUGCCAAAGACAUUUUGAAAACUGGGGUUUUUCUCCUCAGAGCUGUAUUGAUGCUUUACCAAGUGAAUACUGAAUAGGUAUCAAAUAAAUAUCCAUUAAUAUUCUGUUACAUCCCUUAUCUAUGCAUUAAAAUGCUUUAUCAAAUAAAAUGAAUGGAAAUAGAAUUCUUUUCACUUUCUUUCAGUGUGCUGGAUAACUAUGAUCAUUUUAUAAAACUCUAGUUUGGGUCCCCAAACAGUGAAAAUACUUUGAUUUCUGUUUCCAUUCAGUGUGUGUGUGUGUGUGUGUGUGUGUGUGUGUGUGUGUGUGGCUCUUCAUAGAGAAGGAGCCUAAAGCUAUUUUCACUAACUAGAUUGAUCUUUUUGUCUAGACAAGCAUGAUAGAAGUUUAUUAGAUAAGAGGCAAAGAAAGUUUGAGAAUGGCUACCAUCAUUUAUUAAAUUUCUUUAUGUAGGAAAAUGUAUUCUGCUCUACUUAUUGGGAAAUCUUCAUUGCCCAUUAAUAUCUAGGUUGAUUCAAAGAUCAUGACUACCAAGAAUUGGCACAAAGAUUAAGCUAAAACCCAGGGUUUCAACAUGGAACUUGACAUAUAUUUUCUUUUUUCUGUUUUUUUUUCUUUUUAGGCCAUUUUCUCCUUUAGAUUGACAUUUAUUUUAAUUAGGGCAAUGUCUAAAGAAAGUCUUUUUGUAACUCUAGAAAAUUAUAGAGGCUGCUGAACCAUCACUUUUUCCUGUCUAGCUAUGUGGCUACCUUAAAUUAAUGCAUUUUAUUAGGCAAUUGAAGAAAACCAAGCCAUCUCAAUUGGUUAAAUAUUCAGCAAAUACUAGAUGAGUAACCCUGAGCCAUAAAUUACUAAGAUACAACUAUUCCCUUUUAAAUCUAUAUUUCAAAAGAGGACAUACGUACUCAAAUGCUUAUAAGACAGAGAUUGACCUGGAUGCUACAGCUUAUAAAAGGAGGUAACAAUGCCUGUUCCAUUGGUUUGAUUAUGAAAUUCUUCAUGGGUCAGGGAUGUAUUACAUCGUCAUAAAAUGGCGGCGGGGGGAUUGGUUUAUGAAGAGUUUGGAAAUGAUGUGGGUUACUUAGGCAUGGAACGCAGUGAGUAUGUUUGUUUAGUAAAAAAAUGUUCCUGGAAGCAGGAAAUUAUCCAGUUUGACUAAAAUAUAUGAGCACUAUAGGAAAAAAUAGAAGCUUAGGCAUACUACCUAUUGGAGAACAAGCAGGUACUUAUAAAGCAUAAGAGUGAAAAUGAGAAUAUCAACUUUGCUCUUUGGAGUGAAUGAGUUUAAAUGAAUAAAAUUAUUUGGAAUACUUUUUCACGCAAGCAAUUUACUACAACUUCCUGCUUCCUUGCACGUUCAGCCCUUUCAUGAAUCAAGGAAUGCUAUCAAUUCAGUGCCAAUGGUCUUUGAUUCCUUUUUAAAACACCUGUAAAUUUCCCUUUCAAUGGUUUGUUCUUGGGAUUAGAAGUUUUCUAGAGACCAGUCCCCAUAAGUCUACAACACCAGAAAUAAAAACCCAAGGGUGAAGAGGAUGUCAUCAUUAACAACCACCUCUGGUAUUCUUGAAAACACAAGGAAUCUUUCAUGAAUUUUUCCAAUCAAUACUUUACAAUUGUAUACGCUUUACAAAGUGUAUAUUAACUACAGUUGAAUCUCUGUAAUACUUAAAACCUGUAUGAAAAAAGAAUUUCCACUCGAGUAAAAGCUGCCCUUGUGGUGAAACUAAGGAUCAUACUCAAUGAAUCAGUGGUAUAAUCUGUACCUUAGGAGUACAAAAUAUAUCCUAUUCUCCAAAACAGCUGAAAGAAUAAAUAAGACCUAGCAGUUUAUAGUCGAGUGUAGAUUUCCAGAGUCGAUACUUACUGUUUGGAGCCACAUGAUGUCGCUCUUUACCAUAAAAUAGAUCUGACAGCAGAAAGAAGGUGGAAAAAAAAAUUCCUUCUAUUCAUACUGGAAAGAGCUUGUGUAGACGAUCCAGAGUCUGAAAAAUGGAGGAUGCAGCGGCACUUGACUGACCGAUUAGAUUUCUCGUGAUUUUGAGACACGAUAUCGAAUCAGAACAGAGCCUUGUGCACUUGAGAUGGAAUUUUCCUGGGGAAGCGGCCAGGAAUCCCGGCGCCUGCUGCUCUGGCUUCUCCUCGCAGCCUGGGAGGCGGGGAGCGGCCAGCUCCACUACUCGGUCCCCGAGGAGGCCAAGCACGGCACCUUCGUGGGCCGCAUCGCGCAGGACCUGGGGCUGGAGCUGGCGGAGCUGGUGCCGCGCCUGUUCCGGGUGGCGUCCAAGGACCGCGGGGACCUUCUGGAGGUGAAUCUGCAGAAUGGCAUUUUGUUUGUGAAUUCUCGGAUCGACCGGGAGGAGCUGUGCGGGCGGAGCGCGGGGUGCAGCAUCCACCUGGAGGUGAUCGUGGACAGGCCGCUGCAGGUGUUCCACGUGGAGGUGGAGGUGAAGGACAUUAAUGACAACCCGCCUGUGUUCCCAGCGACACAAAAGAAUCUGUUAGUCGCGGAAUCCAGGCCUCCCGACUCUCGGUUUCCACUAGAGGGCGCCUCGGAUGCGGAUAUCGGGGAGAACGCCCUGCUCACUUACAGACUGAGCCCAAAUGAAUACUUUUCGCUGGAAAAACCAUCCGACGACGAGAGGGUAAAAGGUCUUGGGCUUAUACUAAGGAGAUCUUUAGACAGAGAAGAAACUCCAGAGAUUUUUUUAGUGCUCACGGUCACUGAUGGGGGCAAACCCGAACUGACUGGCACCGUUCAGUUACUCAUCACGGUACUGGAUGCCAAUGACAAUGCCCCAGUUUUCGACAGGAAACUCUAUAAAGUGAAAUUACCAGAAAAUGUCCCUAAUGGAACGUUGGUAGUUAAACUCAAUGCCUCAGAUUUAGACGAAGGCUUGAAUGGGGACAUUAUUUAUUCAUUCUCCAGCGAUACUUCACCGAACGUGAAAUCCAAGUUCUACUUAGAUCCAGUUACUGGACAAAUUAUGGUAAAAGGAUAUAUUGAUUUUGAAGAAAGCAAAUCCUAUGAAAUUAUUGUAGAAGGCAUUGAUAAGGGACAGCUCCCACUGUCUGGCCAUUGUAGAGUUAUUGUGGAAGUAGAAGACAACAAUGAUAAUGUCCCAGAUUUGGAAUUCAAGUCCCUAUCACUUCCAAUCAGAGAGGAUGCUCCGCUGGGUACAGUUAUUGCACUGAUCAGCGUGUCCGACCGGGAUUCAGGGGCCAACGGGCAGGUCACCUGCACCCUGACGUCUCAUGUGCCCUUCAAACUGGUGUCCACCUUCAGGAAUUACUAUUCGCUGGUGCUGGACGGCGCCCUGGACCGCGAGAGCAUAUCCGACUACGAUCUGGUGGUGACGGCGCGGGACGGGGGCUCGCCUUCGCUGUGGGCCACCGCCAGCGUGUCCGUGGAGGUGGCCGACGUGAACGACAACGCGCCGGCCUUCGCGCAGCCCGAGUACACGGUGUUCGUGAAGGAAAACAACCCGCCGGGCUGCCACAUCUUCACGGUGUCCGCGCGGGACGCGGACGCGCAGGAGAACGCGCGGGUGUCGUACUCGCUGGUGGAGCGGCGGGUGGGCGAGCGCGCGCUGUCGAGCUACGUGUCGGUGCACGCGGAGAGCGGCAAGGUGUACGCGCUGCAGCCGCUGGACCACGAGGAGCUGGAGCUGCUGCGGUUCCAGGUGAGCGCGCGCGACGCGGGCGUGCCGCCUCUGGGCAGCAACGUGACGCUGCAGGUGUUCGUGCUGGAUGAGAACGACAACGCACCAGCGCUGCUGGCGCCUCGGGGUAGCAGCGGUGUUGGCCUAGUGAACGAGCUAGUGUCGCGGUCUGUGGGCGCGGGCCACGUGGUGGCGAAGGUGCGCGCGGUGGACGCUGAUUCUGGUUACAACGCGUGGCUUUCAUACGAGCUGCAACCGGCGGCUGACGGUGCGCGCAGCCCGUUCCGCGUGGGGCUGUACACCGGCGAGAUCAGCACUACACGCGCCCUGGACGAGGUUGACGCGCCGCGCCAGCGCCUGCUGGUGCUGGUGAAGGACCACGGGGAGCCCGCGCUGACCGCCACGGCCACCGUGCUCGUGUCGCUGGUGGAGAGCAGCCAGUCUCCCAAGGCCUCUUCGCGGGCGUUGGCGGGCGCUGUGGACCCGGAGGCGGCGCUGGUGGAUGUCAACGUGUACCUGAUCAUCGCCAUCUGCGCGGUGUCCAGCCUGCUGGUGCUCACGCUGCUGCUGUACACGGCGCUGCGGUGCUCGGCGCCGCCCAGCGAGGGCGCGUGCGGGCCGGGCAAGCCCAGGCUGGUGUGCUCCAGCGCGGUGGGGAGCUGGUCACACUCGCAGCAGAGGCGGCAGAGGGUGUGCUCUGGGGAGGGUCCGCCCAAGGCCGACCUCAUGGCCUUCAGCCCCAGUUUACCUGACUCUAGAGACAAAGAUGAUCAACCGCAGGCAACUGGGGAAUCCCUUGCAAAGCCACGACAGCCCAACCCUGACUGGCGUUACUCUGCCUCCCUGAGAGCAGGCAUGCACAGCUCUGUGCACCUGGAGGAGGCUGGCAUUCUACGGGCUGGUCCAGGAGGGCCUGAUCAGCAGUGGCCAACAGUAUCCAGUGCCACACCAGAACCAGAGGCAGGAGAGGUGUCCCCUCCCGUCGGUGCUGGUGUCAACAGCAACAGCUGGACCUUUAAAUAUGGACCAGGCAACCCCAAACAAUCCGGUCCCGGUGAGUUGCCAGACAAAUUCAUUAUCCCAGGAUCUCCUGCAAUCAUCUCCAUCCGGCAGGAGCCUACUAACAGCCAAAUUGACAAAAGUGACUUCAUAACCUUCGGCAAAAAGGAGGAGACCAAGAAAAAGAAGAAAAAGAAGAAGGGUAACAAGACCCAGGAGAAAAAAGAGAAAGGAAACAGCACGACUGACAACAGUGACCAGUGAGGUCAUCGAACGGAAACAAGCCACUUAGCCAGUUUUUGUAAUAAUGGCAAAUCUCUUCCAUGUAGCAACUCCCUGCUCCUUUUUCCUACCUACACGAGCCCUCUUAGAGACCUCAGAAAUCUGCAGAAAGUUCCCUGUGUUUGUCUAGAUCGCAUUUAAUGGGUUUUGUCUUUAAAGCUUUACUAAGUCUGGUGUUAACUCUUUCUCUCCACUCUGGCUUGUUUUCAGAACCUAAAAAGCAGACCCAGGUUUCCUUUCUCCUCCGCCGCAAAGGAGAGGCCUCCCAGCCCCGCCAGUGAGAGUUGGACUCUCUGCCCUGUGCUCCGGGGAUCCUGUCUUGAUGACACUUGCAGGGCAGGCUGAAAGGUUUUGAGAUUGAGCAGCUUGGGUGUUUGUGGCCACUGGGAAUGUGUGGCCCCUGCAGGUAUGCGAGUGCCAGAAGAUGCUGGCUGCGAUGGGCAGAUUAGGCUAGGCGGUACAAGAAGGGCCGAGAAACAAUCGCAGAUGAACAGCAUGAUACCAGUCGGGAGGGGAAAUGUGAAGCUAAGAGGGACCAGACUUUCUAAAUCUUACAACUCAAGAGGUGGUGGCCACCCUUUAGGAGACAAAACUACCCCCACUGACAAGGCUUUAGGAGUCCCUAGAGUCUGUUGGCUGUGGUGGAUUGUGGUGUACACCUAAAACCUGCAUUAUACCUACCAGCCAACAGUUCGGUGUUUAACAGAGGGCCAGCCAGGGCGACGGAAGCAGAUCUGAUGUGUUUUCUAUAUAUGUCCUGUGCUCACUUUAUUAAAAGUUCUUUUGCACACAAUGGUUAUGAAAAGGCCAGAUCCUUUUCCGACAAUACAUAUGCAAAAGCAAAAGAAAAAGGAAACCCCAACACCUCACCUUAUGCUGUUUGUUGUUUGAUAGAUUUAUUUAAAAAAACAGAAAGUCUAUAGCUAUAAGUCUUUAAAGAGAAAUAUGAUGAAUACAAUUCCCCUAAACUCUCCUUAAAAGAGAAUUCAGUCUACAGCCAUUUAAAUGAUCAUUGCUGCUACAGAAGUGCUUUAAGAGAAUUGCCUGAAACAUCUGUAUUAUAUCGGCCACCUGCCAAUCAAAGCUUUACUCUUUCAGGUCACUCUGGGGCUGCCUCUUGCAUGUAUUAAUUAUUAAAUAAAAGAAUCUUUCUCUCUCUCUUUUCUAAGAAACAAUUAUGUGCACUUUGAAUACACAACCUUCUCUAACCAACUAUAUCAAGACCCAGAAAUUGAAGAAAAAUAUUGUUUUCUCAUACAUACAGUGAGCAGACUUUUCAGUCCUCUGAUUCUGUGAUUUGUCUUGGUGUGCUAGCCUACACCUUCUCUUUGGUUUAGUUUUCCUUUUCUAUAACACUCUGAAUUGCUAAUCUUACUAACACCUAUGAUGUUACCUGAAAUCAAUCUCCCAUAUGUAUGCUGUAUGCUAUUAUAAGACUCCUGAAAUAUACUUACUCUGUGCUUGUGUAUGUGAAUGUUAAUGCAACUAUUACCUAGAGUGAACUUUAAGCUUUAUUGUUGAAUGUAAUUCCAUUAUAUUUCCUUUUGUACACCUGUGAAAAAGUGGAAUAGUGUUUUUUUAACCAUUGUUAAUCAGCUUUUGUGUAUGAAAGACACAGUAAAAUUUCUUUCUUAAAUCAAGAUACUGGUGAUUCAAGGAAUUUUAUUUAUGGUCCAGCCAAGAGCCAUCUCUUGCCAAGACUCUUGCUGGCAAGGGAAUGGAUAAAGCUGUUGUUUUCUAGUAACAAUUUUGGAAUGAAUACUGAAAAUAUUCCCGAGGUGUGCAAGCACAAAUUUUACCAAUCUGACCUCCUUGAAGUUGCAGAAUGCUUUGAAAUUCUAGUAUAGCUGGAAUAUCAGCUCAUAGAAAAAAAUAAAAUUUAAUGUUACUUUAAAUAAGACAUUUUAAUUUUGUUAUAAUGUACGAGUUAGAGGUUUGAUUAAUUAUAUUAUCUAUUUAAACAUUAAUAUAAAAGAAGUAGGAGUCUGUUAUUUUAAAAAAAAGCAUUAAAUCUAAAAAAAACUGUCUUGUCUACUUUUAGCUUCAUUCUCCCAUAUUUUGAAGGGUGUGUAACUUCAGCUCUGCAGGAUUGCAUGGGGUAAAACUUAUUGCCAACACAUGUGAACCAUUGCUACAUUGUAGGUUGUGAUCAUUUUGCCCCACUGAAGCCCAUGUAUCUGACCUUACGUGCCUUUUGAACUAGGAGAAUCGGGCUAAUUUAUUAAUGGAUGAUAAUUAUAAUGUACCUGUACAGCACUUUUUACAUUUGUGAAGUGCUUUCCAAUCCAUGUUAGUUACUAGUUAUUACAGCUGUAAGGAUAAAACACAUCAUGUGGAUUCAUUUUGAAUUGGUGCUAUUGGUAUUUCCUCUGUUAUUGCUAAUAAAUGGAAAAUGGUGGUAUGAAA